AUGGGCGGCGGCCGGCGGAGGUUGGCUGUGGCGACGGCCAGCGAUGGUCGACAGCGAUGGUUGGAUGUGGGUUGGCGGCGGGGGGCGGUGGUCAGCAAUGGGCUGUGGCGGAGAAUAAGGAUCUCUUUGGUCAAUAAUUACAUGAUGUACAUCCAAUCAAGAAAGAGGAAAUUGUUCUCUCCCUUCUCUUCUGGGGCGUCUUCCUCAUCGACCCCUCCGCAUGGAGGAGAUUAUGAAGGGGGAGAUGAACAGCGGGAAGGGAACACCUACGAAGUGUUCUUGAGCUUUAGAGGGAAAGACACUCGCAAAAACUUCACCGAUCAUCUCUAUCAUAACCUCGAUCGUGCAGGAAUACGUGUGUUCAGAGACGACAAUGAGCUACGUGUUGGUGAGGAGAUUGGUCCGGAGCUUCUCCGCAGUAUUUCGCAGUCUAAGAUCUCAAUCCCGAUUAUCUCAGAGGACUACGCUUCCAGCAAAUGGUGCCUUCGCGAGCUUGCUUAUAUGCUGGAGUGCAAGAGAAAUGGAGGGCAAAUAGUGUUGCCCAUAUUUUACAAAGUAAAACCCUCCCAGUUGCGAAAUCCUAUGGGGAGAUUGGGAGAAGCUAUCAAUGCACAUAAAAAGAAUUUGGGCAAAAUGGUUGCGAAGGAAUGGGACGAUGCGCUCAAGGAAGUCAGUUUCUUGAAAGGAUGGGAAUCAGAGAAAGUUGAUAGCGGGCAUGAAGGAGCAUUGGUUAAAAUUGUUAUCAGAAAAGUUAUGGGCGAGUUAAGAAGACUUUUUGAGCUGAAUCUUCCCGAACAGUUGGUGGGAAUCGAUGAUCAUGUGGAACAAAUUAUUAGCAAGAUAGAUGCUAAGUUCAAUGGUACAAGGGUUGUUGGAAUUUAUGGAAUGGGUGGCAUCGGUAAGACAACUCUUGCAAAGGUGUUGUACAACAAACUCUCCAGUCAUUUUGAGAAUCAUAGCUUUGUGGAAAAUAUUCGAGAAACAUCUCAGCGUGAGGGUAUAAAAUCCCUACAAAAGCAGCUCAUUUCUGACAUAAUAGGAAGUUCAUAUGAUGUGUCUAAUGUCGACGAAGGAGUUGGUAUCAUGAAAUCUCGAUUUACAAGUAAGAAAGUCCUCAUCCUUCUAGAUGAUAUAGAUGAUAGUACUCAUUUGAAUGCUUUGGCCGGAGGCGGUAGCUGGUUUAAAGCAGGUAGUAUAGUUAUCAUCACAACUAGAAACAAAAGCAUUCUCGAUGAAGCUAGGAUGGGCUGCAUAUACCAACUCAACGAGUUGUCCUUAGAUCAAUCAUUAGUUUUAUUUAGUAGACAUGCAUUUCGCAAGGAUUCUCCUCCGAAAGCUUAUGAGGUUAUCUCUCGUGAUGUUGUAUCUACUACUGGAGGGCUUCCCUUAGCUCUUGAAGUAAUAGGUUCAUUCUUAUGUGGAAAGGCAAAAGAAGCAUGGAUAGAUACCUCAAAGAAAUUGAAGAAAAUGCCUCAUAAGAAAGUGCAAGAGACAUUGCGGAUAAGUUAUGACGCGUUAGAUUCAGAGGACCAACAGAUAUUUUUGGAUAUUGCAUGUUUUUUUUCCGGAUCAUACAAAGGAUAUCCGAGUUAUAUGUGGGAUGCCUGUGGUUUCUUUCCGGGGAAGGGGAUCGAAGUAUUGAGUCUUAUGUCCCUAAUUAAAAUUGAUGAGAACGGCAAUCUAAUAAUGCACGACCAAUUGAGAGAUUUUGGAAGAGAAAUUGUUCGUCUACAACAGGAAGAGAAGCCUCAAAAGCGUAGCAGAUUAUGGAUUUAUGAGGAAGCUGUAGCUGUGCUUGACAGCAACAAGGGCACUAAAAAGAUCGAAGCCCUUUCUCUUGGCAAAUGUGGUAUGGGAAAAAGAUACACGGCGGAACAAUUUAAAGAAAUGACCAACUUGAGGUUCCUUCAGGUGAAUGGUGUGAAUUUUACCGGAGAUUUCCAAGACUUACUUCCAAAAUUAAGAUGGCUUCAAUGGGUAGGUUGCCCCUCAGAUUUCGAUGCGGCCAACUUUCAUCCGAAGAAAUUAGUUGCACUCGAUCUGUUACAUAGUGCAAUUUCGGAGGACUGGGGAGGAUGGGUUCCACUCAAGAUGGCAACCGAGCUCAAAGUUCUCAACCUCACUGGUUGUCAAUCUUUGAGAAGAACUCCUAACUUAUCCGCUUUCGAAAGCUUGGAGAUUUUAGCUCUUCGAUACUGUGAGAAUCUGGAAGAGAUUCAUCCAUCUAUUGGGGACAUCAAGACCCUCGUUUCCUUGGAUGUCCAUGGUUGUAGAAGUCUCAAGGAGCUACCGGCAGAAAUAGGUAGAAUGGUAGAAUUGAGGGAGCUUCUUAUAAAUGAUACCAAUAUACAGGAGAUUCCAAUUUCGAUGAAGAAGCUCGAGACUCUUGAUGCCUCGAAUUGUAGACGACUUGCUCAUCUUCCAGAAUCCUUGGGUUUCCUUGUUUCGUUAACUCUGUUGGACCUAUCUGGUUCAAUAAUUGAAGCAUUACCUGAAUCCAUUGAUUCCAUGAAGGAGCUCAAGACUCUUGAUCGCUUGUUAUUAGACGACUGCUCCUCAUUGACAGAGAUCCCCGAAUCAAUAGGAAAAUUGUCAUCAUUGACUGAGCUGGGCUUAGAUUCUACAUCGAUUGCGGAAUUACCUGAAAGCAUUGGGAAUCUGCAAAAUUUGAGGGUCUUGAAGGUUAGUGCAACUGCCAUAACAGAACUGCCUGGUGCCAUCGUGAAGUUGGCAAAACUCCAAAAAUUGGGAGCUAGAGGAUGCAAAAAUCUGGAAGGACUACCUAGUAAUAUAGGCGAACUGGUUUUGCUAGAGAAGCUUCUGUUAGACUUUUCAGGCAUUUUGGGCUUGCCGGAAAGCAUUUCUAAGCUCUCUUCUCUCCAAAAGCUCGGCCUUGGAUCUUGCAAAAAGCUUCGAGAAUUGCCAAAACUUCCCUCUGGCUUAAGAGUUCUGAACAUCACCUGCCAGAGUCCGCCAUUGCCGAAUCUUUCCCGACUAACCCGUCUCAAGAAACUCGCUUUCAAUGAAAUCCAUUGGCUUGAAUGUCUCCCGGAGCUUCCCCUUGGACUAUCGAAGCUUUCUAUUGAACGUUGUGGAAAAUUGAAAGCAUUGACGAAUUUGUCAAACUUGAUGUACUUAUCAAACUUGAGACUUUACAAGUGCUUUGAUCUCACAGAACUCACCGGCCUGGAAGGUUCACAGUACCUAUCCAACUUACAUGCAUGGCAAUGCCCAAAGGAAUCUCAGCUUGAUGGAUUGCUAGACCUUUCCAAUUCAGAGAUUCUGCAGGGAACGAAUGCAGCAAGUUGCGCAAAUUCAGCUGAAAUUCAAGGCCUUGGUGGAUCAAAAUCCGCACAGGUGUCGGACAUCUUUAAGUGCACAUCUGCUGGACAAUUGCUAGACGUUUCAAGUUUAAAAUAUCUGAGAACACUUUCAGUUACAAAUUGCAAGAGUAUAACUGAAAUUCAAGGCCUCGAGGGAUCAGAAUCCUUGAGAUAUUUGUAUAUUGAGGGGUGCACAUCCCUUAGACAGUUGCCGGACCUGUCAAAUUCAAAGAAUCUGCGGGUGUUCUGUGUUCGAAACUGCGAGAACCUAGUUGAAGUUCGAGGCAUUGAUGAAUUGGAAUCCUUGAUACGUUUGGAAUUUGUUGGGUGCAUGUCCCUUGGACAACUCCUGGACCUAUCAAAUUUGAAGAAUCUCGAGAUCUUCACAGUUGAAAACUGUCAGGACCUUGUUGAAAUUCGAGGCCUUGAUGGAUUAGAAUCCUUGAAACACUUGAAUAUUUCUAGCUGA